AGACCACUUUAAAGAUGCAUUAUCGGCAUAUAUUGCUACACUACCUGAAAGAUAUAAAGAAUAUAUAACUGACUCAAACAAGACGGAUAUAAUAUAUUGGGCUAUUGUCGCAAAUCAAGAACGAAGGAGGAUAAUACUAAUGUAGUUGCAUCACUUCAGUCGAUGAUAGUCGGAUUAAAGGAGAGAUCACUAGUAGAAAGUGUUUAUGUUACAGUCAGCUGCAAUUCAAAGACUCCGAUAAGUAAAAGAGACUUAAAGAAGAACAAAAUACUAGAUGAGUUGUCAGGUGUGGCUGGUGACGCCCAAGAUCUACUAAAGGGUUUAGCAAAGAUAGAAAAAGCAUGCUUAGUAGUUAUUGAUUCUGCAGGUUUAACUACCAAUAUAAAAGAUCUGGAAUUAUUUCUUUCUAAAUACCCAAGUUUAAAAAAGAUAAUCAUAGAAACUAUUGCACAUGACAACCAAAUACAUAUAUUAGAAUCCGAGGACGAAAUUGUUGAAAAAAGAAGUUUAUUUAGAUUCGAUGGUAGAGAAAACUAGUUUCAUCGCUCAAAGAUGUUGCCCCUCUCUCACUCCUAAACUAAAUCAAUUAACUCUACAUUUAAAAAAUUCUUUUAUUCAUUAAAAACUUGUUGUUUCAAAACUGCUUGAAUGUUUGGCUACCUG